GUUAUGACUUUGGAGAUAUUUGUGCUGAUGUGUUAUAAAGUUUUUCUGUAAUUUUAGUGAAAUAGAUUCAAAAUGUCAUUUUCUGGCAAGCCAUCCACGCGUUCGCUGGCGUCCGAACUGUCUCUGGUCGGCGGUGUUCGGAGCUCGAGCUCCAACAGCAGCGAAUUGGUCAUCACCAACAUCAAAGGUGCUUAUUGCACUCUUUCCUUUGAAACUAACCUCCCCUUUCCCUCACAUUGUUUCGAUUUUGCAUUCAGUCCAAGUAGUAAUAGUCGUACCCAGCAUAGCAUGCCGAAAGACGAAGGACCUAAUCCGGACCAGCCGGUCCAUCAGGGCAAGUGGACCCCGGAAGAAGAGGCGUAUGUGGAAGCCUUGGUGGAAGAGUUCAAGUUGGGUCUACUCCCACUCGCCGAGGGGACCAGUCUUCGUACCUUUCUCUCCAAGAUGUUGAACUGUCAGCCAAUGCGUAUCAGCAAGAAGUUUGUAGGAUCCAACUACAAUGGCAAGCAAGUGUAUGUGAGGAGGAAGAACAGCCUUUCCAAUGAGGAAGUGAGGUCUCGUCGUGCCAAAUUGCAGGAACUGGAACGGAAAUUCCUCGCCAAAGCCAGCCCCAUGUCGGCCAUGGCAUCCUCCGAGAAUAAUAAUAAUAUCCCUGGUGGUGGUGGUGAUGCAGUGCCACCGCCUGCUGCUGCUGGAAUGAUGCCAGAGGCAGCGGGUCUUAUGGGGUCGACCAGUGCGGGCUUGCUGUCCGCUGCCACUGGUGGAGCUGCUGGUCUUCCCGGUGGUCUCGAUGCGGCGGCACUGUUUGGGGGUCGCUCCAACAGCAAGGCGGCGGCUGCGGGACGGGCUCUUCUGUUGGGAGGGUCUGGUGGUGGUGGUCUCAAGGCUCCACCCGCGGCAACAGGAGGUCUCAUGGCGUCUGCCAGUGGCGAAAACCUGGGAGGAUUUAGUACGGCCCAAUUGGCGGCCGAAUUGGAGAAACGAGCCCAGUCCGAAUUGCAAUCUCGCACCAGUGUGGAAAAUUUCUUGGGGUCUGCUGCCGAACUCCAGGCACGAGCCAGUGCGGAAACUCUCUUGCAGAAUCCGUUUGGAGGAACCAACAGCCAGUCGGGAUCGCGCAGCAAUAUAUUUGGUGCCGGUUCUCGCAACAAUUUAUUGAAUGCGGCGGGAUCGAGGAGCAAUCUGCUCAAUGCGGCCCGAAAUUCGUUCCAUCGAGGAGGAGGAACUUCCGCUUCCAAUUUGUUGAAUGCGGCUCUACAAAAGAAUUCGACCAGCAAUUUGCUCAAUGCGGCCCGGAAUUCCUUUCAUAAGAAUUCCACCAGCAAUUUACUGAGCUCUGCAUUUGGUAGAGGGGGCGCAUCUGCCAGUAACUUGCUCCAGAAUGCGUCCUUUGCCAAGAAAAUGUCGACCAGCAACUUGUUGAAUGCCAUGGCCAGCAGUGGAGGACUGGCCGGUUUGCGAGCCAAAAAUUCCACCAGCAAUUUGUUGAAUGCCGCCAGGGCUGCGGGUCGGAGUGGUGGUGGAGGAUCAUCGUCUGCGGCAGCGGCAGGAUUAAGGUCUCUCCUGGCAUCCCGUGCAUCGGCGGGCGAUGCCGCCGAAGGUCUUAAAUCGGGUAGUUCUCUCGCGGACCUCCUAAAACGCCAUGGCAGUGGCGUGGAUCUCAUGAGUGGUGCAUCUGCUGGUGGGAACUGGACUCGGACCGGAUCUGGAAUUGGACUGGCUGGUGCUGCUGGAGGAUCGCGUUCGAACCUAUCUAGCCUGAGGUUGAGGGAAAUGUUGAAAAAUGGAGGAGACCCUGGUGCGGCUGCAUCCACCUCUUCCGUCUUUUCCAAUGCUUCCUUUGGUGGUGCCAAGUCUUCCAGUAGUCGCUUGGAAUUGGCGGCAUUGCUGCAGAAGAAGGGAUUGUCAUCAGCUGCAGCGUUGGCGGCUGUGGCCGGUGAUGAAGAAGCCUCUGCCAAGAAAGCGGCUGCUGCUGCCUUGCUGGAUAAGGAAGCACUAGUCGCAGAAUUGGCCGAAAAGGAAGCCAUGAUUCAGCAAUUGAGGCGUACUGGUUCUGCUUCAGGAUUUGACAAUGCUGCAGGGAACAGUGCAAUCGAGGAAUACCUGCUGAAGCAAAAGCUGGCGGGAGGAUCAGGAGCAGCUGAUGGAGCGGCUGCGUCUGUCUCGGCCGCGGAGACACCUGAUCAAGCAGAGUUUAGGCACAUGUUGGAAUUGAAGAGGAAGUUUCUUUCCCAGGAUGCUGUGGCAGAUGCAGAGCGUGCCGCGAAGCGCCGUCGAGAUCCAGAUGGCAUUUAAACGAGCCAAGUGAUGACACACGGCGUCGAGUGAGGUGAAGACAUUACACAUACAUAGUGAGUCAAAUGAAAAAUGACAACCGGACGGCACCAGGAACGGAGAAGACGGCAGCGGGGCAGAAGUAUUCAUAUUAAUAAAAACACUCUUGAGUUAGGAUGAAGCGAAUGCAAAUAGGUGUGGGAGGCU